AGCCAUGUCGAUUUCAACUCUGCAAAUGAUAAGCAAAUGACUACCGAUGACCGCAAGACUACAAUGAAAUGGAAUGGUCUUUUACGUAAUUUAAUGCACAUAGACAAGCCAUAGAGUCAUCUGACUUAUCUCGGCACAGGAAAUAUGGAGUACCAUUGCAGCAAAGCAGCGAACGGAGUUUGGAUCGCCUGUGUGUGGCUGGCCUUGGCGACAAGAUUGACAGUAAUGGCCGCCAACACCAACUGUUUUGACUGGAAGGGUAACAAGGUAGAGAAUGGCGCCAAGUUCAUCCCGAACAACGAGGACCCGUGCAUGAAGUGUACGUGUCACAACGGUUUCACCAUCAUGUGCCAGGACGUGGUGUGCCACCCUCCGGAAAACAAAUGUCUCAAGCUCAUCAAGGUGGAGGAGGAGUGCUGCGAGUACCAGUGUCUGGACCCUCCCCGGUCCAACCCGGACCUGCCCGGCAUGGACAACAGUACCAUCGGCAAUGGCGGCACAGUGGAGGAUGACAGCAUCACCAACCUGGGGCUCCGCCUGGUGGCCAGCACGGUCACGUCCUUCCUCGUCCUCGCGCUGCUGCUCUUCAUGGUCCAUCGACUGAGGCAGAGACGGCUUCUCCUGGCCAUGAGACGGUUCGAGGCGCAGUCUCGACGCCAGCAGCUGGAGGAAAGUGACUCGGACCCCUACAUCCCCGACACCUACUUCGGCAUGAUUGAAUGCCCCCCCUACGAGGACCCCCCUCCUCCGUACUCCUCCCCAAAACCCAACCCACACAUCAUGCCAGGUGAGGCCCCGCCACCAUACGAGGAGGUCGAUCAGAAUCACCAUAGAAACAACAACAAUAACAACAACCUGCUUCCAUCUGACACCCAGACGAUCAGCAGCAGAUCUCAGGGGACUCAGGCGUGUAACCAAUAUGACCGGACAAGUCCAGGACAAGAUGGGGUGGUACCACGGCCUGUGACAAGGCGCUCACUUUUUGGGACUGAAAUUACAGACCUCGAUCAGAGACAAGCCAAUGGGUCUUGCUCUGCUGGCAGAGUUAGAUGUGAGUCCUCGUCACAAAGAGCUCCAAAGUCAGAGGUAAGCGGCCGUGAAGCUGCUAUUGGGGUAAGUGUUGUGGGUUCAGAUCACAGCAACUCCCUUGGCCGUGUGUCUAAUAGCACAGACAGCACCGAGUCGCACAACUGUAGCUGUGAUAGCGAACAGACUCUUCUGAAAAAGACAGUUUGCAACGACAAGGCCAACUGGACCAGUCAAACACUGCCCCUCGGCUUCUGCAUCGGCCAGGACAGAAUGAAAGGACGGAAAGCGAAACAGCACAGCCCUUGUCCAAGGACGUCCCGAAGCUGCCAAGGACAACUCAACCCAGCUGCGGACAUGUCUUGGAGUCCAGCUAACAGCAGUCAGUCAUUACCUCAAGAGGCAAACCCAUGUUCAUCUGGUCACCAAUAUUCCUCGCUGCCUCCACGGUUACAUGAGGCGCAGCAGGCCGAGUCUACUGGGACGUCAGGUGGUGCAGGUAGAACUCUGGCAGCUGCUGCCGCAGCGUAUCAUCCUUUGGCUGAGGAACCAUUGGACCCUGUUCUGAACUGUCCCGAGCCACCAAGGCCAACAACUAGUCAUAGUAUGUCCCAGAGUUGUGUCAUUCUGAGGGAAAAGAAACAUGAAAGGAAUGACCAGGAACAACUACGCAAGAGUCUGCCUCCUCUAGAUUUCCCCUCAAACAGUCCCUCAGCAUCAGAAGCUAAUCCUCAGGCUAAAGAUGCUGAACAUCAAGCAUCAGAGAACCAGCAUAGAAAUAGUAAUGAGUAUCUCAGAAACAUUCGUCUUUCCAAUCUUCUGAACAGUCCGGUGACCUCCUUUGAUGGCCCUGCCUCUCCAGGGUCUCCAGUCGCAAGGUCGAUGCGGCGAUCUCAUUCUGUGACCUCGGAUAUUUCAGUUUUCUCAGUGUGUUCAGAAACUGGAGAAAAAAGGUCAAAAGCAGCUGCUGCAGCAGCAGGAAGAGUGUUGAGAAAUGACUCCCAGUAUCCUGAUAUCCCAAUAUCUGCUCACGCCAUGAGGAUGGCCACUCUUGCCCAGCAGGUUGACGGUCAAGGUCAUCAUGACAGUCACCUUGAUGGAGAGCCAACGAACGACGGUGCUAGAGACGAUGGCCUUCCGACCAGCGGGAAGCCUGCGAGUGAUGAGGGAGGAGAAGGGCUGGUCAAGCCGAGGCUGAAUGCUAUAGAAGAAGGUGGAGCAGAUCAAGCUUUAAACUCUGUCACAAUGCAUAAUCCGGGUGUGGAUGCAAUGUCUCCAAAAGUCCACCGAUCCAAGAAAAAGGACAAGCAUAAACAGAAUCGUCAUUCCACAGGGAGUGUGAUGCAGGGCAAACCCAAGAAACAUGCCCACUCGUCCUCCAGUGCAGCUCAACUGCCUCCCAGUGGAGAGAUGGCUAAGAGAGGUGAGGCCGGGUCAGGAACCUCGCCUAGCCACAGGAAGAGAUCCGACAAAGUCCACGGAUCACCCAGUAGCAAGGCCUCUGGUUCCCCCAGCAACAAACCAGGAACAGGCAAAGGAGACUCUUCCAAAAAGAAGCCUGGAAAACAAGUGUGUGAUUCAUACAAACAAUACGGUUUUAUUGAUGACCCCAAUUUUUUACAAUCAAGAAACGGGAUUGUUGAAUUGAGGUUAGUGGACCCUGAAGAUGUUGAAUGUCCUCCGGCUCCGAUAAAGUUAGGAGCUCACAAUGACAAGUCUCUGUCUGGUUGUGAAAAUAAGCAACAAAGUGCAUCACUUGGUAAACCAGGCGGGAAGAGACACUUCACAAGUUCAAGUUCCUAUAGUCCAAGUCCAACUCGACAAAAGUCCUCUCGGCCUCGAUCCUUUGCCCAUCCCACAGGUGCUUGUGAAGGAUCACCUGGGCUUGGUGUUGAAGGAUCACAUUCACCCAUGGUAAGUCAAGGCACGCCGAGACGCAAGUCCCGGAAUGCAACAAAGUCCAAGAAGCGAGUUUCCUAUCCAGUGACGGGGGCUGAAGUAUCACACGAUGUAUUCCCACAGUCAGGUGAACAGGAGGAUCAACCAGCCAAUGGGAACCCUGUAUUGCCUGAAUUAGCCAAUCAAGAAUCAGGUCAAAGUUCUCUACCUUUAGGUCUUAUAACAGUGCGAAAUGGACCUCUGAGUAGCUAUGUAUAGUGAAAGUAGAAUAUUAGUGUAGGUUAUUGUUAUGUAGAAAUCAUUAGCUCAACGGGAACUUAUAUCAUAGACCAUAUUCAUGUGUGUACGUGUCAUUGUGGUGUUUUUCAAAUGAAGAAACUGUUAAUAAUUUCACAUCAAAGAUCUUAAAAUAACUUGUCUUUUUUAUCACAAAAGCAUUAUACAUAUUCUGUCUUAUACCAUUUGUUUUAUACCAUUUAUAGUAUAGUUGAUGAUGUUUUAAUGUCCAACAGAUUCUUUUUUUGAACAAGGGGAAGUAACUCCAAUUAUCUUCCUUCCUGAUGCCAUGUUUAUUUUACACAACUUUGCUGUGAAUUUGUGAAAAUAUCUGUGACCACAAUAUAUACCUUUGAGCAGCAUAAUUUGUGUGGAAAGAAUCUUGUAAAAACAAACCACAUCUAAUCAUUGUGAAGCAGCAUUAAUCAGUUUUUGCACUUUCUUUCAUUUCUCAAUUAAUAACUUGCCAGAAGUUGUGUGGUUCCAGAAAACUGACCUGUCUGUUAAACAUCCGGAGAUGAUGUAGAGCCUCUUUCUGGCACUGACUGUGAAUUGGAGCCUCUUUUUGGUGGUAACCUUGAAUUUAGUUUCAGAGUUAUAUUUAUUGACUGUGCUGGAUAUUUUAUGUCUAAAAUCUUUUACUGUAAGGAUUUUGUGAUGGCAAUCAAAAGCAUUGAGGUGGAAUUUCUGAUUUUGCCUCUCACAUAUAUAUCAAAUAUCUCACAAGAUUUUUUAGCUGUAUUUUAACAUAUUUUUUUUACAGAAAUAUCUAUAAUGUGAUAAUGAGUCUUCUUGGGAUGGUGAUUUACUGAUGAUGAAUAGUUUCAGUGUGUUGUCUCCCCUUAUAUGGUCACGUGAUUCAUGGCAGGGGCUGUCACUGGUGGUCACAGUGCGUCAGUGCAAACAGUCAUCUUCUUUUAGCAAUGAGUUUAUCAUGUGAGGGGAAUGUUUGUCAAGAUGUUUGGCUGUAAUAAUUUUGUCGAUAUAUCUAUGGUGUCUAUGUAUCAUGAUUGCUUUGUCGAUUUAGUGAUUAAGGACAUUUACACAAUCUGAUAUCCCUUCAAAUUAUGACAAUCCCGAGCCUCAUUCCUCAAAGCUAUCUUAGUGCUGCGACUGUCGUAAGUCAGUGUUUAAAUAUGGGAGUUAAAACUGACAAAGUACUACUACUGUCGUAAGUUAUUGUUAAAGUAUGGGAGUUAUGACAACAUAGCGCUAUACUGCCGUAAGUCAAUGUUAAAGUAUGGGAGUUAUGACAACAUAGCGCUAUACUGCCGUAAGUCAAUGUUAAAGUAUGGGAGUUAUGA